UUGAGGAAUUUGUCUCAUGCUCAGCAUGCUCACUGUGUGAUGAGACCCCAUAUCCCACAAUUCUUUCCUCAAAAACCCGGAAAUAAACAUUAACACUUUCACUGUAGUCGGUCAGACUGCUAGAGCUACAUAAAGCGUAGCCUAGACUAAAAAUGUCUUUCAAACGAGAAGGCAAUGACUCAAGUCAACUGAAUAUUCUGAAGAAACGACGUGUUGCAGAUCUCCUAUCUAACUUUAUUCCAGAAGACGAAGCAGCCUUGUUGAAAAAUGGAAGAUACACUUGCCUUGUGUGCUCCUACCGUCCUGUUUUUGAUACAGUUGACAUGCUAACAGUACACCGGAAGGGUAAAAGGCAUCUUGAAGGAAUGAAGUGGUAUUAUGGACAGAAAAAACAACUGCAAAAUGAAAUAGUAAAAAGGAAGCAUCAGGACUAUGUUCUAGCUGAAGACAGUAGACAGGAACCUUCCAGUUCAGCCCCCCUUCUGACACAGACACGCAAGAUUGCCCAUCAUGCCUUACUGAAAACUGCACCCUACAAUAGUUGCCAUAAAAAGACCAGCACCAAGUCUGAAAAGGGGCCAGCAAAUUCAGGCUCAGAGAUUAAUAUCAGCCCUUCCAGCACAACAUCAUCACCUCAGCACCAAACAAGAGAGCAACCCUCAAUCAAUGCAGCCUACAGCACACCAACAGUUAAUCAGGGAUUGUGUCCAUCUGAGAGGAAGAAUGAGUCGAAGACAUCAAAUCCAACAGUGUCCCAUGAGUCUGAACAUUUAACAGCCCAGAGAAGACGAGAGUUGGAGCAUUAUCUAAAGUUGAAAAGUGCGGGGUGGCUGCAGGAUAGAAGUGGUCAGUGGGUUAAGGAUGAGAAUGUGGAGUUUGAUUCAGACGAAGAGGAACCUGCUCCUGUACCAUCUUCCCCUGGUGACUCAACCAAUAACAGACCAGAGGACCAGCAUUGACACACUCUAUCAUCACUGUUAGUGAUUCCAAAAGCCCAUUGGAGGGAAAACCAGCUAAAACUACUAGGUUUUUAAAUAAUAUGACCAGAAGAUGAUCGAAAAACAACAACAACCAUUUUUACAUUUACAUUUAGUCAUUUAGCAGACGCUCUUAUCCAGAGCGACUUACAGUAAGUACAGGGACAUUCCCCCCGAGGCAAGUAGGGUGAAGUGCCUUGCCCAAGGACACAACGUCAUUUGGCACGGCUGGGAAUCGAACUGGCAACCUUCAGAUUACUAGCCCGACUCCCUCACCGCUCAGCCACCCUUCCAUUUUUGUAUUGACCUGAGAAACGAAGCUUGUUGCAAGAUGACCACAGUGACUUUCCACCUUGCAAACACUGUUGCCACUUGCCAGCAUCUAUUUUCAGUUCCCUUUGUGUCCUACUCUUUCUCCUAUUGUAUUUUGUCCCAACACCUUCAAACUACGCCCCCUGUCAGUUAGAUGGCCAAUAUAGUUGCUAAUUUUGGUUGUGGAGCCACCGAUUAACAUUUCUCGGAAGGUUAUUAUUCAUAUCACCAGUUGGAUUCGAUCUCCCUGGGUUCAGUUAGGUUUGUGUGGACUUCACAUGAGUUAGAAAUUGAUAACGUGUGUCAAAGUCGCUCUGUCCUUUUGGAACUCGGCAUGUGAUUGUCUCAGGAUGUUGAGAAUAAGUGAAUUCUUGAUCUGUUAUCUGUUUAAGCUAACUUUUAUGAAUGGGUUGGUUAAAAAAAAAGGAUGGUGUAAACUUCUAAGCAAAUACUGUGAAUGAUUGUUAUUGACUGAUGUAUCAUUGGACAUGCAAAA